CCCACCCCCUUCCCUGCCCGAAAGGAACAUAAGUUCUCAUGCUCCUAAUAUGGUUAAUGGUCCUGUUAAUGGUCCCUGCGGCUCAGCUCACCUGGCCCCCUGCGUCUCCUGCCAUCACCCCGCCCCCUUUCUUCCACAUCCCCUCCCUUCUCACGCCUCCCCCACGGGGUGUCCCCGAGCCCGGGGGGGGGGCGUGGUGGAAGGGGGGUGGCGCGUCGCCGCACCAGAGAAGAGGGCGCACGGCGGAGCCAGCCCCGGUGGCACGCCCGGCUCCCCGCCCCCAGCCCUGCUCCCCGGCGGGACACUGUCCCUUUAAUAGACUCCCUCUGCCCGGCGUUCUGCGGCUGGGGAGUAAAUUUCUCCCUGUCAUCAGGUCGCGGGGAGAGGAGGAGGAGGAGGAGUUUGUUAAUGUUGAGUUUGUUCCGCGGGAUCGAUGUUUGCUGGCAUCGCCUCGCCCUGUCUUGUGUGUGUGUGAGAGCGUGUGCGUGUGUGUGUGUGUGUGUGUGUGUGCAUAUGUGGGGGGUGUGAGUGUGUGUGCGAGAGGAAGCGAGAGUGCGUGCGUGCGUGUGAGUGUGUGUGUGAGUGUGUGUGUGUGUGUGUGUGUGUGUGAAUUCCAGAUUUUCUGUCUUUCCCAAACCCGCUCCUGUCCUCUAGCAUAUCACUCACAGACGGGGAUCCGACAGCAGCCGCAAACCUACAGUGAGUGAUCUCUCUGCCCCCAGCGCGAAUCCGCCAUAGAGAUCGGCGAGGAGGAGGAGGAAGAGGAGGAGGAGGAGGAGGAGGGAAAGAGGGGAAGGAAGAAGAAAAAGAAGAAGAAACCACUACCUUCCCAGGAUUGCCUUUUUUUUUUUUUUUCCUUAUCUUUACGCGCGCGUGUGCGUCCCUCGUCCUUUCCAUCCGAACCCGGUCUUGGAUGUUUAAUAAAGAAAUCAAGUGUCUCAACAGUCACCAAAAAAAAAAAAAAAAAAAAAACACAAACCAAAAAAAAAAAAAAAAAACAAAAACAAAAAGAGAGAAAGAGAGAGGAAAAAAAAAAAUCCAAAACAACAAACAAACAAGGCAGAACCAACCUCUACUUCCAACCAGCCGGCACAGCCGUCCGUGUCUGCCACCCAGAGAGGGGGGUCUCUGGCCCGUGGUGGAGGAGUUGCAGGGGGGAUCGUCAGGGGGACAGAGGCCGAGUGACGCCCUAGGAGCCACCGGGCAGGAGGCGGAGGAGACCCAGAGAGGCGAGAGAGACCGCGGGCCCCCGCGCGCGGCUCGGGGCUGGGGCGCCAGAAGUGGGACUGGAGCGAAGUAGAGCGAUGCCAAGGAGGAAACAGCAGGCACCCAAGCGGGCGGCAGGCUACGCCCAGGAAGAACAGCUGAAGGAAGGGGAGGAAAUAAAGGAAGAGGAGGAAGAGGAAGACAGUGGUUCGGUAGCUCACCUUCAGGGCAGCAAUGACCCAGGGACAGACGAGGAGCUAGAAACGGGCCCCGAGCAGAAAGGCUGCUUCAGCUACCAGAACUCUCCAGGAAGUCACCUGUCCAAUCAGGACGCCGAGAAUGAGUCCUUGCUGAGUGAUGCCAGUGAUCAGAUGUCAGACGUCAAGAGCGUGUGCGGCCGAGAUGCCUUGGACAGGAAAGCAAGCGUGCACGCCAAGCUUCCAAAUGAAGCCCACAGUUGCAUGGAUAAAAUGACCGCCGUCUACGCCAACAUCUUGUCUGACUCCUACUGGUCGGGCCUGGGUCUUGGCUUCAAACUGUCCAACAGCGAGAGGCGGAAUUGUGACCCCCGUAAUGGCAGCAACAAGACUGAUUUCGAUUGGCACCAAGACGCUCUGUCCAAAAGCCUGCAGCAGAACUUGCCUUCCAGAUCCGUGUCGAAGCCCAGCCUGUUCAGCUCGGUCCAGCUGUACCGGCAGAGCAGUAAGAUGUGCGGGACCGUUUUCACCGGGGCCAGCAGGUUCCGGUGUCGGCAGUGCAGCGCCGCCUAUGACACCCUGGUCGAGUUGACUGUGCACAUGAACGAAACGGGCCACUAUCAAGAUGACAACCGCAAAAAGGACAAGCUCAGACCCACGAGCUAUUCAAAGCCCCGGAAAAGGGCUUUCCAGGAUAUGGACAAAGAGGAUGCUCAAAAGGUCCUGAAAUGUAUGUUUUGUGGCGACUCCUUCGAUUCCCUCCAAGAUUUGAGUGUCCACAUGAUCAAAACGAAACAUUACCAAAAAGUGCCUUUGAAGGAACCAGUACCAACCAUUUCGUCGAAAAUGGUCACUCCGGCGAAGAAACGCAUCUUUGACAUCAAUCGGCCAUGUUCCCCCGAUUCGACCACAGGAUCGUUUGCAGAUUCGUUUCCUUCUCAGAAGAACGCCAACAUACAGCUGUCCUCCAACAAUCGCUACGGCUACCAAAAUGGCGCCAGCUACACCUGGCAGUUUGAGGCCUGCAAGUCCCAGAUCUUGAAGUGCAUGGAGUGUGGGAGCUCCCACGAUACUUUGCAGCAGCUCACCACCCACAUGAUGGUCACCGGUCACUUUCUCAAGGUCACCAGCUCUGCCUCCAAGAAAGGGAAGCAGCUGGUGCUAGACCCACUCGCCGUGGAGAAGAUGCAGUCGUUGUCAGAUGCCCCAAGCAGUGAUUCUCUGGCUCCCAAGCCAUCAAGUAACUCAGCUGCUGACUGCAUAGCUUCUACGACUGAGUUAAAGAGAGACAGCAAAAAAGAAAAAGCAGAGCAGAUCAACAAGGAUGAGAAAGUCAUGAAAAGCGAGGACUAUGAAGACCCUCUACAAAAACCUUUAGACCCUACGAUAAAAUACCAGUACCUAAGGGAGGAGGAUUUGGAAGACGGCUCAAAGGGCGGAGGGGACAUUUUGAAGUCACUGGAAAAUACUGUUACCACCGCCAUCAACAAAGCCCAGAAUGGGGCUCCCAGCUGGAGUGCGUACCCCAGCAUCCACGCUGCUUACCAGCUGUCAGAGGGCACCAAGCCUGCUUUGCCGAUGGGCUCCCAGGUACUGCAGAUUCGACCCAACCUCACCAACAAGUUAAGGCCAAUUGCACCCAAGUGGAAAGUAAUGCCGCUGGUUUCUGUGCCCACAAGCCUGGCCCCAUACACGCAAGUUAAGAAGGAGCCGGAAGACAAAGAUGAAGUGGUGAAGGAGUGUGGGAAAGAAAGUCCCCAUGAAGAGGCGUCCUCUUUCAGCCACAGUGAGGGGGAUUCUUUCUCCAAGUGUGAACCCCCUUCAGAAUCCAAAAAGGCUGAGCCUUGUCCCCUGAAGGAGGAGGACAAGCGGAUGAAAGAAGGUGGUGAGAAAGAGAAACCCCAGCCCUUGGAGCCAGCAUCUUCCCUCAGCAACGGCUGUGCCCUCGCCAACCAUGCUUCGGCCCUGCCGUGCAUCAACCCGCUCAGUGCCCUGCAGUCUGUCCUGAACAAUCACCUGGGCAAAGCUACGGAACCCUUGCGCUCUCCUUCCUGCUCCAGCCCAAGCUCAAGCACAAUGUCGAUGUUUCAUAAGUCGCAUCUCAGUGUCACGGACAAGCCGGUGUUGAGUCCUGUCUCCGCAAGGCCGGCCAGCAUGUCCAGACGCUACCUGUUUGAGAACAGCGACCAGCCCAUCGACCUGACCAAGUCCAAAACCAAGAAGGCUGAGUCCUCGCAAGCACAAUCCUGUACGUCCCCACCCCAGAAGCACGCUCUGUCCGAUAUCGCCGACAUGGUCAAAGUCCUCCCCAAAGCCACCACCCCAAAGCCUGCUGCUUCCUCCAGGGUCCCUCCCGUGAAGCUGGAGAUGGAGGUCAGGCGCUUCGAGGACGUGUCCAGCGAAGUCUCAACCUUGCAUAAAAGGAAAGGCCGGCAGUCCAAUUGGAACCCUCAGCAUCUUCUAAUCCUGCAGGCUCAGUUUGCCUCCAGCCUCUUCCAGACGUCGGAGGGCAAAUACCUGCUGUCCGAUCUGGGCCCACAGGAGCGAAUGCAGAUCUCGAAGUUUACGGGGCUCUCAAUGACCACCAUCAGCCACUGGCUGGCCAACGUCAAGUACCAGCUGAGGAAAACGGGCGGGACCAAGUUUCUGAAAAACAUGGACAAAGGACACCCGAUCUUUUACUGCAGUGACUGUGCCUCCCAGUUCAGAACCCCUUCUACCUACAUCGGUCACUUAGAAUCUCACCUAGGUUUCCAAAUGAAGGACAUGACCCGCAUGGCCAUGGAACAGCAAAGCAAAGUGGAGCAGGAGAUCUCCCGGGUAUCGUCGGCUCAGAGGUCACCGGAAACCAUAGCUGGCGAAGAGGACACAGACUCUAAGUUCAAGUGUAAGUUGUGCUGUCGGACAUUUGUGAGCAAACACGCAGUAAAACUCCACCUAAGCAAAACGCACAGCAAGUCACCCGAACACCAUUCACAGUUUGUAACAGACGUGGAUGAAGAAUAGCUCUGCAGGUAUGGGUUUGCUCCCACGUGGUUGUGACAGUAACUUUGUGAGGAGCUUCUAGAAGGGAGAUGGGUCUAUUUAGAGGCAGCUGACAUCUCCCUAUACCAAGAGCACAGUAGCCUGCUGGAAUAGCACGCAUUUUUAUGAAAGACCAGAACAUGAUAAUUAAGUCCUAGCCGUUCUCUCAGUUUCUCCGGUUCCGCGUUGGGAAAUAGAAUAAAAUGGGUUUAGAGAGAUGGAGCUCACAGGUGACUGCCUCUUGAUACCCAAGGCCCUCUUAGUUACCCAAGGCCCUACUUUCAAGGUCCAGCCAAGGCUACACUUCAUUUUAAUUGAUAAGUACUGACUUGUCUUACUGUCCCAUUUCACCGCCUCACCUUCCGAGAGUAAUGCGAAUGAGUUACAAGGUGAUGCAAAUU